CCACCUCUGCUGUAUCGGUGUGCUACAGGCGCGAUGACGAAGACUCUUCCGGUGAUGGCCGCUCUUUUCGCUCUGCUCUCUCGCACCGGGGCCUUCGUGUCGUCGCCAGGGUUAAGCAAGAGCAGCUUCGCCACCACCGACCGCGGCACCAGCGAUGCGGUUCGAUCCCGACGACAGGGAGUAGCGUACAGGCCCUGCAGCAGUGCCGCCGCUACCGUCAUGGCGACCGAGAAGAAGGCCGUCUUCGGUGGAGGGUGUUUCUGGUGUAUCGAAGCUGUGUUCAAGACCCUCGACGGAGUGUCGAAGGUGGUGUCGGGAUACGCGGGCGGGACCAUGGAAAAUCCCACGUAUCGGGACGUUUGUUCGGGACGGACGGGGCACGCGGAAGUAGUGCUGCUGGAGUACGACCCCACGGUCGUUACGUUCGACGAAUUGCUGGAGGUGUUUUGGAAGACCCACGACCCCACACAGGGAAACCGACAGGGAAUGGACAUUGGCACCGAGUACCGAAGCAUCAUCUUGUGCGAGGACGAGGAGCAGCUGGACAUGGCCGUGGCGUCGCGAGAAGCAAAGCAGGCAAAAAUCAACGCGGAGGCGGUCUUGGGGAGGGUGGUAGGUGCCGUCACGGGCAAGAAGGAGGGUGAAAACAUCGUCAACAUUACGACGACGAUCGACCUGCUUCAAGUCUUCUGGGAAGCCGAAAAGGUCCACCAAGACUACUACGCCAGAAACCCUCUGUCGCCCUACUGCAUCAUGAACGUUGGGACAAAGCUCGUCAAGCUGAGGCCCGACAUCAGCAGAAUUAAUCGGUUGUCGCGAGACCGCGAGGUGGCUUCGUGAUGGCAGUCGGUCGAGAACGGGAACGAGGUCUCCUGUUUUGUCUUAUUUUCUGUGUCAAAGAACGCUUUUUCGUCGCUUGAUUUUGAGUGGCAAACUCUGUGGUGCGUUUGCACUCCAACACUGGGUUUCGCGCAUCAAUGUCGUCGUCUGCUGUGUGUUCGGCGAAUCGUAUGUGAUGCACACCUGUAGGUAAUACGGUUCCCGCCUUGGUUGGCGGACGACAUCCGCACACGUCGGACUUUUGAUAGAAAAUGUUCGAAGUCUUAAUACUGUAGUUCACGUGU